CCCGUUCGGCUGACAGCUUCUUCCGUCUCCCGUCACUUCCGGAAAUGGAGUAGCCUUCUUGGUCCUUGUCUUUUAAAUGGGGCCGGUUGCGCCGUAGCCGAGCAGUGACAGGGGCUUCUGAGAUGCCUCAUGCUGAAAAUGAAGUGUCAUGGGAUGGACAGGAUUCGUUCAUUGAGCCAAGUUUAAAAAGACUAAAACCUGAUGAUUCUGGAUUACAUACAAGCCGAAAUCCUGCUGUAAGCACAAAAAGAAGGGCGAAGCCAUUCCAGCCACACAGUCGUUAUUUCUAUCAGGAACAUGAAACAAAAACUGCUGAUAAGAAAAGCGCUGCAGAGACUGAGCACAGUACGCUUCAGCUAGAAAAGAAGUCUCUCCAUUCCAAAGGAACUUCUGGUUUGGGCUAUAAUGAUGCUCAAGGAGCCCUGUUUAUACCACUCGAAUCCAGUGAUGAAGAAAAUUGCAACAUGCCUGGCACACAGCAUCUGUCUGAAAGGCCAUAUUCUGAUAGGUGCAAAAGCAACAGGAUUCCAAAAAAAGAAUCUCAUAGCAGUGUUUUAGAAAAAAGCCAUGUGUUUAUUGGUCCUGUCUUCCAGCCAGCUCCAAAAACAGAACAGAGGAGUGAAACAACCCAUGAAUUUAUUGGCCCUGUGUUCCAGACAGCUCCAAAAGCAGAACUGAGGAAUGAAGUAAGCCAUGCUUUUAUUGGUCCCCUCCUUCGGCAAGCUCCAACAGAAGAACAGGGGAUUAAAACAGGCAGUGUGUCUACUAGUCCUCUAUUCCAACCAGCUCCAAUAGCAGAACAGGGGAGUAGAAAAAGCCAUGCAUUUAUAGGUCCACAAUGUCCACCAAAUCCAAAAGCAGUACUGUGGAAUGAAAAUGUGAAAAACUGGACUGAAUCCAAAUCUCCGCAUUUUAAGAUAAGUACUGUGGAGCUGGGGAAAGUUUCAGGUCGAGCAGGUGCUCAGAAUGGAAUGGACUAUGAGCUGCGCCAGUUCUAUAAAGAGCUACAGAUACUUGAGGCUGAAACAGAUGAUAAUGGCAAGGAAAGUGAAAGCAAGGCUAAUGAUAACAAGGAAUUUACUUUAUUAAAUAAGUCUAGCCAAGACUCCAGCACAUUCUUGAGGCAUGUUGGCACCCCAAAUAAUAAGGCCAUAUGUGAUGGUCAAAGCCAUUUAAGGGAACUUCUUCCAUAUGAUUAUAUAAAAAAUUGUUAUUUAAACAAUACAGUGCCACCUCCACGUUUCCAAAUUCAACCACCCCCACGUUUUCAAAUUCAGCAACCACCACAUUUGCAAAAUCAGCCACCACUACAUUUCCAAAAUCAGCCACCACCACAUUUCCAAAAUCAUCUACCCCCAAAUUUCUCUGUCUCUCAUGGCCCACCUCCCCUUCCCCCUACUCCUCCAUACAACCAUCCAGUGCCACAUCCAAUACAGAAUGCCUUUGCACCAUGUACUGAAAACAAGAACAUUCGUUACGGCCAUAAUGAACAUCAGAGGCAAGACCAGCAACACUGGAAUAGUUUUCCCAUCCCUCAUAAUGCCGGUAACUCUAAUCUAAAGGAAGGGAAUAUACUGUUCUUAGAUAGUGAAUGUGGGAAAAGACAGCAGGAACACAGGUUUGGUGAUGCAUUGGGAAAUCAAGAAUCACAUUCUGGUGCAGCACAGUUACAUAACUAUACUUAUGUUCCUCAAGAACGGCACACUGAGGACGAUAACAAAAAGACUUCCAGUGAUGAAAGGAAACUGGUAUUGUUAAGAGGCCUUCCCGGCUCAGGGAAGACAACACUGGCACGCUUUCUUCUCAAUCUUAAUCCCAACGGAUUUGUGUUCAGCACGGAUGACUACUUUUGCCAGAAAGAUGGGUACACGUAUGAUGUAAAAUUGCUUGGAGAUGCCCAUAACUGGAAUCAAUGCCGAGCCAGAAGAGCAAUGGAUGAUGGAAGAUCUCCAAUUAUUAUUGACAACACUAAUAUCCAAGGCUGGGAAAUGAAACCGUACGUGCAGAUGGCCAUAGAGCGUGGUUAUUUUGUGGAUUUUGUGGAGCCAGACAACUGGUGGAAGCUUGAUCCACUUGAAUUGGCAAAGAGGAAUACGCACAGGGUUCCCCAGGAGAAGAUCUCCCAGAUGCUGGAACGAUAUGAGCACAACAUGACUGUGCCUGUUGUUAUGAAUUCUGUAGAACCCCCACACAAGAACGCUCACAGGCGCCCUCCACAACCCAGGCCAAGGUGGGGAGCCUCUGUGGACUUUUCCCACCACAACAGGACGUUUCACAACAGAUAGCGCCUGUACCAGCGUGUGAUACACUAUGAACUGACCCUGGGAUCAUUGAUUAAAGAUACCAAUAUACCUCACGGUUCUUGCAGAAACCAGCUUGGUGGUGACAGCGGGUACAUUUUUUAAUAUCUGCCUGCUCUUUUUGAAAGGAAUUCAAUAUAUUUUACUGGUUUAUUUUCCUAAUGAAUCGAACAGCUUCUCACAAUGCAAAGUUAAAGUAGGUGUUCAAGGUAAAUUCCCAGUUUUUUUAUUAUAUGUUGAAUUAGUUCAACAUUAAACACUUUUUUUUUUUUAAUUGUUUUUAAAAACCUUUAGGGCAGAGAUGUGCAGGACAUUGUCACCUCCAUUGCACUAUAAAGGGAAAAGCAUGACCGUGUUGGCACUGGUGCUGUUUAGUACAUGUGGUGUUCACUUCAAAUGAAUGGGAAGCAGUGCAGUGACAUCACUUCCUCUGCGUGUCAUUGACCUGAUUGGUUGAAUGUUGUUAACCAUUUGCAUCAGGGACAUCCAUGCUUGGCAGGAGGCACUGCUGUCUGAACACUGUAAGGCUCAUUUACUAACAUUGGGCAGUAACCCAUAAUAACUAUUCACUGAUUCAAUUUGAUCAGCCAGCUGCAGAAAGAAUAAUGAACCGUUAAAUUUGGUUGCCACGGGCAAGUAAAUGAGCCCCCUUGUUUACCAAACACAGUAGCUGAGCUGACAUUGCUGUGUUUCCAGUAAAGCUUCUUGUUUGUCAGUGCUGAGCAAUCACGCACGGUCCCCCCAAUCCUUGUAGCACAGAAUAGGGGCAGUUGCAGGGAAAAACGGCAGAUUUAGGAUAGGAGAAUAUUUACACAAUGAAUCUGCUUGGAUGGGGAUUGGAAUGGGGAAUGCAGCCGUAGCAUAAAUGUAACAACAUGGCAGGAAUUCAGCAUAACAAUGAUAUCCAUUUGUUAAUAUUUGGUGUUUCUAUGUUUCAUUUGCCCCCAACCCCCCUCGGCACAUGUUCAUGUCCGAUCAUAUCCCCUAACUGAACAUUAUGCUCUCAGGACCCAUGGACUCAUUUAUCUAUUUUCGAGUUUGUGAAUUCAAGUUUGUUUCUAUAAAUCGAAUAAACUCACAUAUUAAAUGCCUGUUAUUUAUUAAUAAGAAAAUUUUGAAUACCUUACGUUUUUCCAGUUUAGAAACUUAAAAAAUUCCAGUUUGAAAAUAUGUCUUGACUGACACUCGCAAGCUUCAAGAUGGCAAAUUUUUACGUUCGAGUUUUAGAGUUUUUUUAAGCUAAAAAACUCAAAUUUGAAAAAGAAACAAACUCGAGCAUCGAUAAAUCCCUCUUUAGUGUUAGAAGUUCGUACUGUCUUCAGUAAUACAUCAGUAUUGUUUGUGGGGGUUCUGUAGGGGCAGCCAGCUGAUUGGGCUCACGGAAAUAUACACAGAACAGAAUAUGCCACUUUUCCAAUGUAUGUUUCUCUCCCGUUUGUUACGCUGAGCCAGCAGGACAGGCUGGGCACAUUCUACUUUUAUAUAAUACGGUCUUGGUUCAUAAAUGGACUUGGUUGUAUAAAAUA